AUGCCAAAUUCUGCGCUCAAUCUGAAUGGCCGCUUUGCAUGGAGCGUCAUGGAGGUAGUCGGUCCCAUUAAUCUGCUUUACAUGUUAUCAACACUUCCUGCAGAGUUCAAUUUCUCAUUUUCAGAAUUGCCUCUGUGGAACAAGGUUGCUGGCGCUCUCUAUGUGAUUCAUUAUUUCAAUCGAUCUAUUUUGAAUCCGCUCUUCGUUGCGCCUAGUAUUUCCCCGGUCCGGUUGGAGGUAUUUGCGCUUGCGUUCAUUUUCAACUGGUUCAAUUCUUCUUGCAUCGCUGGGUGGAUUACAGGAUAUGAUCUCACUCAAGGUCUGGGGUACACGCCUCUACCGACAUCAUCGACGACACUCCAGCAAUGUCUUCCAUAUAUCGGCUUAGCUACAUUUGCAUACGGAAUGAUUGGCAAUAUACGAUCUGAACGAACAUUAUGGAGUCUUCGCCGCGAGGAAGCGCAGCGUCAAGCAGCCAAAAAGUUCGACGAUAAAGCGGGAAGCGACAACGAGAGAAACAUCUACCACAAAGUCUACGUAAUUCCUCCCGCAAAAGGGCUAUUCCGUUGGGUUCUAUAUCCGCAUUAUUCUCUCGAAUGGCUGGAAUGGGCUGGCUUUGUAUUAGUCGGUACGGCAGUAUAUCCUGCUCAUGCGUUUUUGCCGGCAAUAUCACAUCCCGGUUUGCCAGCUCCGUCCGUCGCUCCAGCACCAUGGUUGCAGCCAUUUGCUAUACUUGCCAAAUACCUACGCGUUCCGUUCCCGUGGCCAGCUCUCGUGUUUAUUUUGAAUGAUAUUUUUACCAUGUUGCCGCAGGCACGACGAGGUGUGCGAUGGUACACUACCAAAUUUGGAAGUGAUGCCGUUGCUGGGCGGAGUGCGGUGAUUCCGGGUGUUCCUUUUCUUUAG